CCAUGAAAGAUCAUUACAAUCACAACUUUGAGCCUAAUUAAUUAACUAAUCAUUUCUAUCAAAGUAAUUAGAGAGCAAAAAUGGUGAAGUUGACAAUUGGUAACUUUGGUGACUCUUUUAGUGUUGCUUCAAUCAAGGCUUAUUUAGCUGAGUUUAUUGCUACUCUACUCUUUGUUUUUGCUGGAGUAGGAUCUGCCGUUGCCUUCAGUAAGGUGACAGAGGGAGGAGCAUUAGACCCAGCAGGGCUAGUAGCAGUGGCAGUGGCUCAUGCAUUUGCACUAUUUGUUGGGGUUUCCAUAGCAGCCAACAUUUCAGGUGGACAUUUAAAUCCAGCUGUCACUUUUGGAUUGGCUAUUGGAGGUAACAUCACCCUCCUUACUGGGUUUUUCUACUGGGUUGCUCAAGUCCUUGGCUCUAUUGUUGCCUGCCUUCUCCUCAAAUGGACCUCCAAUGGCAUGAGCAUUCCAGCCCAUGGAGUUGCCUCAGGAAUGAACGCAAUUGAAGGCAUAGUGAUGGAAAUUGUCAUCACCUUUGCACUUGUCUACACCGUUUACGCCACUGCUGCUGACCCGAAGAAGGGCCAAAUCGGAAUCCUUGCCCCAAUUGCAAUCGGGUUCAUUGUCGGAGCCAACAUUCUUGCUGCUGGCCCAUUCAGCGGUGGUUCAAUGAACCCAGCCCGAUCUUUCGGCCCAGCUAUUGUUAGUGGUGACCUUUCUCAGAGCUGGAUCUACUGGGUCGGCCCACUUAUUGGUGGUGGGCUUGCUGGGCUUGUUUAUGGUGAUAUCUUUAUUGGGUCUUAUGAACCUGUUCCACCCUCUGAAAGUUAUGCUUAAGUUAUCCCCUUUUCUUUUCUUUUCUCUUUUAAGAGAUAUUUGGUUUCUUUGGUGGGAAUUUUGGCCUUUCUUUAAACUUUAGGGAAAUGCCCCUAGUUUGGCUUAUUGAAGUGAAAUUGUAAUGCAUUUGCCUUUCUAUUGUGUGAUUUUGCUAGUAAAAGCAAUGUAUAUAAUAAAAUCUUCUUGAUAAA